AUGAUCCAUGAAAUUAAAUUCAGAAUUUUGUUGAGUGAAUUCACAAUGGCUCCCACUGCCUUAUUUUCAUUUUCAUUCUUGGAAUUAGUUCUUCUUUUGUGUGAUAGUUUCACAGUGAGAGACGGAGACGGGGGAAUAGUACAAUAUUUGAAGGCAUUGAAAAUAAUUAAGGAUAAUAGUGAAAUUGUUAAGAUCCAUGUGGCAUCGAAAGCCUGGAUAAUGGGUUACCUUGAGCAUGUUUUUAUCCAGAUACAGCAAAUUGGCGGGGUAUCUUCCACUGCCAAUGGUCGUACAUUGCCACACGAAAAUGUGAAUAAUCACGAGAAACUACACAAGACACUCGAAACGUCAGGUAAUUUGGGUGGUGAUGUUGUUGAGACACCAUAG